UUAUCAAAUAAAUGCAAAGGCAAUACAUAUAAUAAUCAUAUACAGGAAAGGUUCAAUCAACAAUAAAUAGGCCUAGUACAUAUUUCUCUCUCAAAUAUAAGUUGAGUUUAAUAAAUCGUGCAAUAAAUGUCUAUAACUGUCUCUCUGCAGCCCGGCAAUAAAAUAUCAUAUAUAGUUAAUAGAACAAUAAAUAGCAUUUAAUAAAACUUAUGAAAUAUAAUUGAAGGGUUAAUAAAAGUGUGUCUCGGUGCAGGUCAGUGAGCAACCCGGCGAUAACAUCAUGUACAUAAACAAUUAGUUAAUAGAACAAUAAAUAACACAAGAGUCUUAUUACUUAUAAUUUAAGGUAAAUACAACGUGCAAUAAAUGUCUAGAAGUGUGUCUCUCUGCAGCCCGAAUAACUUAUCAUAGUUAAUAGAACAAUAAAUAGCACAUCAAUAUUCUUAUUUAUAGUAAUUUAAGGUUAAUAAAGAGUGUGUGUCUGCGCAGGUCAGAGAGGUCCUGAUGUCCCGGAGAGGAGCUCUCUGCUCCGGAGCUGCGGGGGGUCAGAGCUCUGCCUCCAGCCCGAGAUCCAGCCCUGAUGCCCGGCUGCAAAGCACCGCGGGGGGUCCUGAUGGUCCCGGUGGUCUCGCAGGGAGUCCUGAUGGGGGUCCUGAUGGUCUCGCGGGGGGUCCCGGUGGUGCACGAGGCAGGCCGGCAGCAGCGAACGCAGCGCGCGAGAGGAGUCGCGUGCAGACCCUGCGCUCAGCCUUCCUCGAGCUCCAAAGGACCCUGCCCUCAGUGCCUCGCGACACAAAGCUCUCCAAACUGGACGUGCUGAUCCUCGCGACCACUUACAUCGCUCACCUGACCCGCACGCUGCACGAGGAGGGAGCGGAGCAGAGCGCGAGGCAGACGGAGGCGCUGACGUCUCUGAAGGGGGACGGGUACCUGCACCCUGUCAAGAAAUGGCCCAUGAGGUCCAGACUGUACGUGGGCGCCAGCGGACAGUUCCUGAACCGAAACCCCUCAGAGUCGGAGAACCAAGAACCCUCGACCUCCCGCAGCAACAAGGACUAA